UUAGCGACGAUACUGGCACUCACAUACUUGAUUCCGUUGUCUUUUACCGUGGAGAGAGAGAUCGAUGAGGCGGAGGCUCGGGCUUCUGUAGCCUGCCUCAAGGCAGAAGCGAUUGGUAGCACGGUGAUCUCGAUGCCGCAUUACCUGUCUCAGGGCGUCAAUUCAUUAACUGCCGAGGGUAUCACCCAUUCAGUCAGAGCCAUUGCUAGCUCACUCGAUCUCAUAUUAGAUGGAAUGGAGCAGCUUUUGCUCUUUGUUUUUCACUCGAUGACAGACACCUAUGUAUGUCUCCUGCUCAUGGCUGUUCACGGCGGACUAAACAUAACAAUCAGCGCGAUGGAGGAGUUCCGUUCGCUAUACCAAGACGCCACUACAGGUUCUCUGCAGGCUGUCGAAGAAAGCGUGGCGGCUACAAACCAGGGCAUUGAUAGUGUGAAUGCUUUCUUGAGCAAAGGGUCGAACACCGUGAACGGUGACGUACAACAACUCCCACAUCUCAACAUAGCGGAUGAGCUAGAAAGUAUCAGGAAUACGCACAUAGACAUGGGACCAAUACUCUCUGACUUGGACAGUCUGCAACAGCGCAUUCCUGAUUUUGCGACUGUGAGGAAUAUUACUGAUACGGUUCUAACAUCGCCCUUCCGAGCUGUUAGAACGGAACUUGAUCAGACACUUCGAAACUGGGUGUUCGAUCAAAAGGAGCUUUUCGUCCCCGACAAGCAGUCGUUCGUGUUUUGCUCUAAUGAUACCACGUUUACAGACCUGUUUCAAAAGCAGCGUAAUCAAAUUCGCUCUGCCCGAAUAGUACUUAUGCUAAUACCCAUAACUAUGUUCUAUUUUGUAGUCCUGGAGGUGAUCUUUCAAUACUACGUUCACUCCAGGAAUCUCAGGGUUGCCGAAGUGCUUACAGAAAGCUCGAAGCUUCAGCGAGCCUUAGCCGCGGUCAGUUUGUCUGUUACAAAGUUCCGGGCCUCCGAGCGUUCCUGGUCAGGUAAUGCUUCAGCAUUCCUUUUGAUUGGGCUUUCGGGACUCAUGGGCUGUGCUUUUGCUACCCUCUUCCUCCGCACAGCCGAGGACGACGCCCUUGAGCUGCGAGAGGCUAUCGAGAUUCGAGCUGAGGAAGUCUCCGCUAGUCUGCACGAAACAUCUACUCUAUGGGCCAAUUCCGCUAAUUCCGCAAUGGGAAGAUUGAAUGAGAAUAUUACUGGUCAGCUCCAAGACCAAAUACGCAGAGUCACUGUCGGACUUAACACAACUGUAACCACGUUUAGUGACCAGCUUCAGCAGGCUCUUACAUCUGCGUUCGGCGACUCAAUCUUAAGAGAUGUUGUUCAGCAGGCAUUGAGGUGUCUAAUAGGGACAAAGAUUGACGCCGUGCAGAAUGGUCUCCGCUGGGUCAAUGAUCAAGUCAGUGUCGACUUUCCUCCUUUGCCACAAGAUGUCUUCUCAGUCGGUGUCAGUAUGGCACAAACAGGAUUGGACCACACAAUGCUUUCUGGCGGGGACAUUAUCAUGGAUAACAUUAUCUCAGCAAUUAUGUAUGUCACCGACAAGGUGCGUCGCGACAUCAGUACUCAUGCUAUAAUCUCUUCUAUAUUAUUGCUUGUCUACCUCGUUCUCCUACUGGUGGACAUGGCUAUCCUGAAAUGGACUUCGGGCUCUAAGACA